UCAUUUUUUGUUCUUGCUUUCCGUACACAAUUUUAUUCUUUUCUUGAAAUGGCAACCAAACCAUCUUCAUCUUCUCCUGGUCUCAGACUCAAACUGGAGAAAGAGCUCACCUGUCCUGUGUGUCUUGACCACUAUACCAACCCUAAGACUUUACCUUGUCUACAUUCAUUCUGUCAGCACUGUCUAGAGGGAUUACCUUUGGAUAAGAAGAGUGAGACCUAUUACCUCUCUUGUCCCACUUGUCGUCAUCGUACAGAGUUUCCAGAAGAAGGAGUAGGAGCCUUUCCUGUAGCAUUCACUCUCAACAACCUCCACAGUCUAUUGGAAAGGACUUCAAAUCCUCAAGAGGCCACAUCAUGUAGUGAUCAUGGAAAGGCUUUAGAGCUAUUCUGUGAAACAUGUGAUAGAGUAAUCUGUGUUACCUGUCAAGUUCGAAAUCACAAACAUCAUGAAUAUGACUUAAUCACUGACAGUUAUACUAAAGACUGUUUGAAGUUAAGAGAAUGUAUGUCACCAGUUGAGGGAAAGAAGGAAGCACUC